AUGGGAGGGUCCAAUGUGAAAGGUUUGGAACCCCUCCCCUUAUAUAUAAAACAAAGACUCCGCCUCCAAUAUGUGGCAUUCAGUGUGUGUCCACACCAGGGUAGAAUUGGCACCAUGCUCUCCAGAUCAGCCAUGCACGUGCCACAUUAUGCCCCUUCCAUGUUCAGGGAGUUUGACAGAUGGAAGGGCUAUCUGAGCCUUGCGAAAGUGGUUACGGAGAUCAUCGCGGAACGCAAGAAGGUCCCAUUUCCAUCUCAGAGUUUGGACACAAUGGAGUACGACAUGCAGCUAGUCCUCAACGAGGACAACUUUGAAACAGCAUCACAAUGGGUUAAUGGAAGCAGUUCCAGCAGCAAGAGCUCCAAAGGUAGUGCCAAUGGCCAGGCUUCCCAAAACAAGGAGAUUUGCAAUUUCUGCAAACACAACGGGGAAUCCAAGCAGGUCUAUUCGUCCCACCGGCUGAAGGGGAUGGACGGCACCGUGGAGUGCCCCAUCUUGCGCAAAUACACCUGUCCGCUCUGCGGUGCCACGGGCGAAAAGGCCCAUACUUUAAAAUACUGCCCACUGAGCCAAGGGAAGAGGUCGCUGUAUCGCAAGUGCGGACGUAACUCGGCUGGACGCAAGGUUUGGAGAAUGGAAGCCCAAUUCUCUUAGACUACAUUUAUGUGUCAGUUGCCUAGUGUGAUGAUUCAUGGGCCCUGCAGUCCUAUUCCUGACAGUAUUGUGGCAGAUGAGGAGGAAAAUAUGGAGUUUUCCCCAGAUUUCCGGUCGGAGUCAGAGCCUUGGCAGCUGCCUGAAGUUCUAGUCCAAGAACCAAUUAAACCUGACCUUGGUGGGAACUCUCCCCCUUAUGGGAGAAAACAGGCUUACACGACUGAUAGAGGAUUGAGAGAAAAAUUUAGAAGUAGUGCUCGCCUUGCUGCCAAAUAUGCCACUGAUUAGAAGUAUUUCCCCUGAGAAAAUACGGGGAGUCUUGCACCUGCAAGCUGGUUUCCUUCGCUCCCUGUUCUCUAGGGAAAGUGAUUGUUGUUUGGGGAAACGAGACCCAAUAUAGGGAAAUUGCGCGAAGGAUUCCUUGCGGAGUCAAUUCGUCAGCUCCUGGAGAGAGGUCAUGUGUGUGUGGACUUCGAAUCCUGUUCCUUGCCUCCUGAAUCUAGUUCCAAGCCUUGUCCUCGUCUCACGGAUUUACCACAGAUCUUGUUCCAUGCUUCAAGUUGCUUUGCCUUUAGCCACAGCUCCAGCCACGUUCCAAGUAACUUUCAGCCUUGUGUCAAGCUUCAUUGGAUUCAAGACUUUUUCUGUUUUCCCAACGCUUUGCUUGGCAAAGCGUGUGUUGCGGUUAUUGGAUUAUAAUCUUUGGACUCUAAUAUUUCAUAUUGGACAAUAAUCUGCUGGACUAUAUUUGGCCUCAUUUGAAAGGUCUGCUUCUGAACUUUAUUCUACACUUGUUUUUAUUGACUUUAUAUAUUCCUUUAAUAAAGAUAUUAGAUAGAA